AUGUCAACAAAGCGAAAACUUCAUCAGCAGCUCGCUCAACCGAUGCUCAAACAAAGCGUGAAGGUACAAGGAAAAGGCGCCCUGAAUGAAUCGAGAACUGUCGUAUCUAGCGGUAUUGAAUCAUGGAAAGCGCAAUUCCCUCAGUCCCAGAACGAGGAAUUUAUAGAACAUCCAGAUAAUGAGGGGAGAUUGGAAGAUGAAGGCAGUGUUGCCGAAGAUUCUACCGAAGAAUUAGACGUGGAUAUGAAUAAUCCUAGCCUUAUCGACGAGGAUAUUACUCAUCAAGAGAUGGAACAAAUUGGCGAGCCUUCAUUUGGUGAUCUGGUCCGGGCUAACAUACCGGAACCAAUCGACGUUUCCGGCGCUUUUGGUGAACCCAAUUCACUGAAUACCAAUUAUCCUACAAGCGCAUUACAGCCGCCUUCCGGUGCCUCACUUGGGGCUGUUUUGACUCAAGCACUACGGACAAAUGACACGGCUCUUCUAGAGACAUGUCUCCACACCUCCGAUAUUCCAACAAUACGUGGAACAGUACAACGACUCGAGUCCUCUCGUGCGGCCAAACUCCUCCUAAAGCUAUCUGAAAGACUACAUAAACGUCCAGGACGGGCAGGUAACCUCAUGGUUUGGAUCCAGUGGACACUCGUCGCUCACGGUGGUUAUCUGGCUACGCAAAAGGACCUUGUACAGAGCUUAGCAGAGCUUACAAAAGUUAUUGAUAAAAGAUCUAGAGGAUUGCAAAAUGUCUUGGCGCUUAAAGGAAGGCUUGAUAUGCUCGAAGCUCAGAUGGAGUUCCGCAAGAGCUUACAACCCAACCGUAGACAGCAAAGUGAAGAUGAAGAUGAAGGUGGAGUAAUUUAUGUCGAAGAUCAGGAAGAAGAAGCUCUAAAGCCAAAAUCUUUAGUAACUCUGAAGGGGAACGGAAAUUCCGACUGUACUUUUGAUGCAAAAAGUGACAUAUCAGAGGAUAUGCCAACGAUAAACGGAUUAACCACCUAUUCGGAAGACGAAGAAGAGGAUAGCAGUGAUAAUCAGGGUCUUAUUGAUGAUGAAGCUGAGGAGUCGGACGUGGAAACAGAAGAUGAGGAUGAAAUAGACCAUUAA